AUGGCAACCCCCCAGAGGCCAGCUGCCCCCCUGCGGAGCAUCUCCGCUUCUUCUUUUGCUGAGACCUUCCGCGCCGCUCGCAGGAAGGUCGACAGGGACUUCGAGGACCUUGACGAGCAGAUCUCGCCUGAUUCCGAGGAGACCCUGUCUCCCGAACUCACAUCUUCCGGAGAAGCCACUCCCAAGAGCCUCGCAUCCCCUCUUUCCGGGCCGGUCACCCCGGUGCCCGAUCAGGAUGUUGCAGAUGACUUUGCCUUUGCGUUCGACAUCGACGGCGUCCUUGUCCGGGGUGGUCGACCCAUCCCAGAAGCUGUUGAAGCAAUGAAGGUUCUCAAUGGCGAGAACGAAUACAACAUCAGAGUCCCCUACAUCUUCCUCACAAAUGGCGGUGGUAAAUCAGAAGAGGAGCGCUGUGGUGACCUUUCUAAGCAAUUGGAGCUUGAGGUCAGCCCCGGCCAGUUCAUCUGUGGCCACACCCCGAUGCGAGAACUCGCCGACAAAUACCGUACCGUUCUUGUGGUCGGUGGUGAGGGUGAGAAGUGCCGACAGGUGGCCGAGUCAUACGGUUUUGACGACGUUGUCACACCAGGCGACAUCUUGAAGGCAAACCAUCACACCGCACCCUUCCGCAAACUGUCAGAGACAGACUUCAACAACUCAAGGAACCUUCUUGAGCGUGGUGAUCUUAAGGACGUUGUCAUCGAGGCCAUCUUUGUCUUCGCUGAUAGCCGCGACUGGGCCGGCGACUUGCAAAUCAUCCUGGACAUUGCCAUGUCCAAGGGCGGCCGCCUGGAGACUCGCUCCGAGACCUUUGAGGAGUCGCCACCAAUCUACUUCAGCCACAACGACGUUCUGUGGUCGGCAGGCCACGAGCACCCUCGUCUGGGCAUGGGCGCCUUGAGGCAGAUCGUUGAGAACACCUUCACAUCUGUCACAGGCGGCAAGAAGCUCGUGACACACGCCUUCGGCAAGCCCCAGGUUGGUACCUUCGAGUUUGCCACAAGGCUGCUGAAGCAGUGGCGGGCCAACCAGCACGGCCUUCCGAUUAGCCGGGCUCCUCAGACGGUGUACUUCGUCGGGGACACUCCCGAGUCUGACAUUCGGGGUACCAACCUCAUGGACGCCAAGAGCAAGGAGGAGUGGUACUCCAUCCUCGUCAAGACUGGCAUCUACCAGGACGGCACCGAGCCGGCUUACAAGCCUAAGGCGACCGUCAACACCGUUCUGGAUGCCGUCAACCACGGCAUCGAGCGUGAGAUGGAGAGGAGAAAAGCCGCCGAGCAACAGCGCGGCGAUGCCGCCACCAAGGACAUCGUCGCCGAGAAGCUUGACAACGUCACCAUUGUCGGCCAGGACAACCUCGGCGUCGUUGACGUGAGCUGA